AUGAAGAAUCCUUACUACCCAUUUAGUGGUUGGAAGGAGUGGAAAGUUGCAUCAUGGCUAUUGUGUUCUGGAUUGAGCAUGGGAAAGAUUAAUAGUUUUUUGUCACUUGAGAUGGUCAGUGCACAAUCAUUUUCAUUGGCAAAGUCUGACAGGGUUCCCAUUUAUAUUAAGGAUCUUUCAUUAUUAUUCUCUUCUGCUAAAGAGCUACAAGGUAGGGCUGAAAUGUUUCCCAGCAGUCCACACUGGAUGUUGCAAGUAAUUCCUACCAGCCAUCUCACAGAAUUGCCCAUCAUAUUAUACUGGCAUGACCCCUUAUACUGGCAUGACCCCUUGGACUGUAUCUUGAGCAUACUAAACCAUCCUAUGCUUCACAAAGAGUUAGACUUUGCACCUCGCAGAGUGUAUACCACUGUGCAGUGGCUGUGUCAUGUGUACUCUGAGUGA